AUGUUGACGCAGAAGACUUUGGAUCAGCAAAUCAGCUUUGCUUUGGCGGCAGCCCGCAAGUCCAAAACAAGCCUCAUCCACAUCUCCGACCUUCCAGUACCUUGGCGUCACAACGACCACAUAUUCCACGGCUAUCGCUUCACCGAGUCAUGUACAUACUGUAUACGCUCCAUUUUCCAUCUUCAUAAUGAAUCCUUCAAUAUCUGGUCUCACCUCCUCGGCUGCCUAUACUUUGUCAAGAUUCUCGUAUACGACAAUCCGUCAGUGUCGUACAGCAACCCUAAUAAGAUCUACACCACAAAAGGUCUUGUUGGAGUCUACUAUGUAUACUUGAUGGCAGCUAUUGCUUGCACCGCAUGCAGUAUGUCUUGGCACACAAUGCGCUGUAUCUCUUCCAGCGGUACCUUGUCGUGUUUCUCAACUAUGGAUCUCAUGGGUGUGACGACACUAGCCCUGGCCUCGGUCCUGGUAACGCAAUUCAACGCCUUCGUGGACUCCCCCUAUCUCCAGUUGACUUACAUGGCAAUGUCCGUGAUCCUGGGCACUGCAGCAGUGGCCUCAUGCUGGCUCCCAAUCAUGCGGGCGACGGGAAGCUCUUGGCUCCGAAUUGCCGUGUGGAUCGGACUCGUUGCCGAGGGCGUUGCGAUACCUGUGGUACAUUUGUUGUGGACAAGAGGACUACAAGCAACUUUGGAGAUUUACGGGCCAAUGAUGCCCCCGUAUGGACCGAUCGUGGUGGGCGCCCUUCUCUACGCGUCGCAAUUUCCAGAAUGCGUCUGGCCUGGACGUUUCGAUUAUUUUGGAGGCAGCCAUAAUAUCCUUCAUGUUCUUUCUUUGUGGUCAAUUUGGCUGGGUAUUGGUACUCUACGAACAAGCCUUGAGGCUUCAAUUGUGUAG